GAGGAGGAGGAGGAGGAGGAGGAGGAGGCUGUCCCGGCUCCGGGUUCUGCUGCGGUUGGUGCUGGUGGUGGUUCUGGCUCUGGUGGUUCUGCUGCGGCUGGUUCGGGUGGUUCUGGCUUGGGCGGUCCUGGUUUUGGUGCUCUGGGUGGUCCUUUGGGAGGAGCCGGCCAGCGUCUCAGUGGCCGCCGUGACGUCGCGGGGAACGAGUUGCUGGUGCGGCUCGACCCCCCUGCCAGAACCCUCAACCCUCUGCGGUUGAGGUCUGGGGCGCCUCCGCGGUCGCUACCGUCGCUGCCGGUUCCUCUCCGGGUUCCUCGCCCGGUCGCUCGCGAGCGGGGAGAUGGGGAGGACGACGACGACGAGGAGGAUGACGAAGAAGAGGAGGAGGACCAGGAGACCAGGGUCCGAGUGCCGCCGUCGCUGGGAUUGCACCCAGCCAACUACACCGUCAAGGGAAGGACCGGAAGGCGGUACUCGGCCCUGGACAAGUCAGACUGGCCGGAGUGGGAGGCUCUGCACGACGCAGGUGUCCUCCCGGAGGCCUCGCUGGCGGUCUUGACCGAGGGCUCGGCCGUGCCCGACGCGGCGAUGUCUCUGGGCCGCGAGGAGGUGGAGGCCGCUGCGGAGCGGGCGGAUUUGUUUGGCUCUGCUUCUGCUAGGCCUGUCUUUGCCGAGGAGGAUAAGGAUGGGGACCUCGGGUUUGGCUUCGGGCUCGGCCUCGAUUACGGGGAAGAGUUUAGUCGUCAGCACCAGGUCGGUGAGAGGGCCGACCCUUAUCCCAACGCACCGGAUGAGGAGCAGGCGCAGAGAGGAUGGCUUCGUGGGCUGUGGGAAGACGACUCGCCCCUGGAGAUGUUCGCCGACGUUGAUUCUCCCGUUGUCGACGUCCAGCAGCCCGCGGCCGCCCAACCUGCUGCCGAAGGAGAGCAGGAGAAGGAGAAGAGCGUGGAGGAGGAACGCGCGGAGGACCGUACCGAGAACCCCGCCGAGUUGACCAAUGCCCAGCAGCCCGACCCCGAAGAGGAGGCUGCCUUCUCCGACGACGCCGACUCCAACGCCCCGAGCAUCGCCGAGAUGCUCUCUUUCCAAGUCCCCGCGGUGCGGCCCCUAGACCCCGAACUGGCAGCUUCCGUGGCCGCGAUGAGGGCCAGGUACGCCACCGACCGGCACGUCCGAUUCAUGGACGACCCGCUCGGAGAUGAUGACGAGGACGACCUCGACAAUGCCAACGCCAUCACGGUUCCCGCCCGCCGCCGUGUCAGUCGCCCUGUCCGCUAUGAAGAUCCCGGCGACAGCGAGUACGACCCGACCCAGAAACGUCCUCGUGUUCGGGCUGCGACUCGGUCCGGGACUCGAGCCCCUAGAGUGCCUACGGGCAGACCCAGAGGCCGUCCUCCCCGUUCUGGCUUGGCUGCUGCAGCUGCAGCUGCUCAGACUGCAGCUCAGAUUGCUGCCGAGGUCGCUGCCCCGGUUGUCCCGACUCCCUCGACUGUUGCGACUGCCCCGACCGCUCUGACUGUCCCGGCUGUCCCCAUUGUUCCGGCUGUCGCGACUGCUCCGAUUGUCCCGACUGUACCGAUUGCCCCGACUACCCCGGCCGCCCCGACCAUUGUUUCUCCCCCCGCCCCGGCCACUGUUUCUGCGCCCAGCCCAUCCCAGGGAAUGCCUGCUCCUCCCCAGUCGGCUCCCACUACCACCACGCCUGGGGCCGCUGGGGAAGAGACUACCAAGGCACCCGAGGAAGCAGCCGCAAAACCUGCCCCAAAACCACGCGCCAGCAGGAAGCGCAAGUUGCAGCCCGACGACGACGACCCCAGCGGCCGGCCCAUCAAGCACAUGAAAGGGCCCCGCGGCAACCGCCCGGCGUAUUCAUGCGACGGAACUAAGCCGAUGCGGUCGACCGAGGGUGAGGAGAUGACCCGCGCCGAGUUCAACGAGCGCUACAAGCCCACGGAGCUCCAGUACCGCCCAGGCGGUAACACGGGAGGCGGCGUAUUUGUCGUCAUCGCCACGGGGGUCGUUUGGUCCUUCAUCCAGACCCCCAGUGACGGUACCGCGAAGCCGCCAUCGAGGCGUUCCACGGCUGCGAAGAAGGCGGUUGUGGCCGGUGCUGCUGGUGCGGCCGGCGAUGGUCAGAAUGCUGGGACGAACCCAGCUGAUACCACAGCUGAGACCAAGCCCGCGGAGACCAAGAAGCCCGCGAGGCGGGGUCGUGGUCCGGAUCUCGGGAACGGGGCUACCCACGUUGCCGACCAGCUCGGGAACCCCAACAACACGCCGCUUUGGGGUCCCGCGCCCAUGGCGCCGAUGGAUAGCCUCUCCGGGCAGGGCACCCUCGUCGGCUCCUCGCAGCCCGUGGCAUCAUCCUCCACCACGGGUCCUGCCAGUGCGCCAGCCAAACCUCCUCCCCGCAAGCGGCCUUCGCGGGCCAAGCCCAAAGAUGUCCCCACCACCUCCGAUGCGACCACCACUGCGGGAACGGGCACUGACGGAGCAGCGCCCAAGGUCAAGAUCCCUCGAGGCCCUCGCGGCCCUUACAAGCCCCGGAAGCCGAAGACGGCACCUGCGCAGCCGGGAACCACAUCACCAAGCGCGCCGUUUCUGCCUCCUUCUGCGGCAGCUCCUCCGACUCUGCCACAGAGUAUUACUCCUGUGCCUGUCCCGGUCAUACCGGGUGUGGGACAACAGUUUGGACAGCCCUUUGGUCAGCAUGUGGGACAGCAUGCGGGACAACUUUUGGCGCCCACACCGGUUCACGCGCCGAACCCGUUCAUGGCGCCUACUCACCCUCCCGCGCCGAUGCCGACUCCCAUGGCCGCAGCACCCGGCCCCAAGGGCCCAUAUCACCACGACGGGUUCCAGCCGCACCCAGGCCCAAUAACCGGGCACACGAGCACAAUGCCAGGAAACAACAUGAGCGGGAACAACAACAACAACAUGCCGCGAAGCAACAGCGUGCCGACCCAGCACAGCAACAUGCACGCUCCUCCUCAUCUGCUCCCAGCCCAGCCCAUGCUGUCAGCACCUACCACAAGGCUCCCAACCCCCAACACCCCCCCGGCCCCGUCCAACAUGAUGAUGCCCACACCAAACCUCGUGCCAGGUCCUGGGAGGAUGCCAGCCCCUGGCCAGGGCAUGGUACCUCCCAGCAUGCCCGGCCCCGGUCAACCGAUGUUGCAGUACCCGUACCCACAGCACCUGCAGCGUCCGCCCCGAGCUCCCGUGCCGAGACCGAGGUCGUUACCGAAGCCGCUGCCUAUGCCGAUGCCAGCAGCUGGCACCCAGCCUGUGUCUGGCUCCGGCCCUUCACCGCCUGCUUUGGGAUCCGUUCACACUCACGGACAGCCAGUUCACCAUGCUGGACCUGUUCGAGUUCAUGCUCACGGACAGGUUCACGUUCACGCUCCGGGACCCGUUCACGCCCACGCCCACGCUCACGCGCCCAGCCCAAUCCCCCACUUCUCAAACCCCCGCGUCGCUGAGCUACACUCCCGCUGUGUCCUGUACAACGUAGCCGGACGUGACCGGUUCAAUUCGGAUGCUGAAUUCCUCCAGUAUGCGGAGUCCAUGCUGGAGUUGUUGUAUCCGGAUAUUGGGGGACGCGGUGGUGGACAGGGAGGGUAUCAGCAGCCGCCUCAGCCGCCUGCGUCGUUUGGCCGUGGGGGUGGUGGGCAUGAGUCGUUUUACUAG